UUGCAUGAAGCCCGUCUACCACAUCCGAUCGGAGCGGGGGGGAAGCGAAAAGCAAAGAAAAGAAGGCCGGGCUUAGACAUCCACGUUUUCCCUCCACUUCUCUCGGCUUCCUCUCAAGGCUCCGGCCAGCCUUCUUCGGAAGAUGUCCGGGCUAAACAGCAAGGCGAGCGCAGCGGAGGCACCGGCACGCAGCGGCCGAGGGGUCGUGAUUUCAGAUGAUUGGCCAGGAUAUAGUUUGGAUCUGUUUUCAUACCCACAGCAUUACUAUGGAGAUCUUGACUAUGUGCUCAUACCACAUGGCAUCAUUGUUGACAGGAUAGAACGUCUGGCCAAAGAUAUCAUGCAAGACAUUGGAUACAAUGACAUUGUUGUUCUCUGUGUGCUGAAGGGUGGCUACAAAUUCUGUGCAGACCUUGUGGAGCAUAUUAAGAACCUCAGUAGAAAUUCGGAAAGGUUCAUCUCCAUGAAAGUUGACUUUGUUCGACUGAAAAGUUAUUGUAAUGACCAGUCUAUGCAAGAUGCACAGAUCAUAGGAGGAGAUGACUUUUCAGAGUUGGCUGGAAAGAACGUGCUAAUUGUGGAGGACAUAAUUGGAACUGGACGGACAAUGAAAGCUCUCCUUGAGAAUAUUGAAAAAUGCCAGCCCAGAAUGGUUAAGGUGGCCAGUUUGUUGCUGAAAAGAACAUCUCAGCCUGAUGGGUACAGACCUGACUAUUAUGGAUUUGAAAUUCCAGAUUUAUUUGUGGUGGGCUAUGCCUUAGACUACAACGAGUACUUCAGAGAUCUAAAUCACAUAUGUGUCAUCAAUAAUCAUGGCAAAGCCAAGUACCGUGUCUAAAAACCAGUUGGUUAGCCUGAACUGGAAGACGGACUGUCCUCUUGAAGCAUCCUCUGAAGAACUGACAUUCAUCUCAUUCACCCUGGACUAAUAUGUGGCAUCUUGUCAAGACGGAGAUCCUCUGACUUUGUCAUUGUUGGACUCCCUAAUCUCUUUGAACUUUCCUAGGGGUCACCACAACAAGGCAAAGACAAGAAGUCCUCCUAUUUUUUAUGUUAAUACAUAGGUUCAAAAUAUAGAAGCGGUAGGGGAGCAGAAGAUAGUUUUUGUCCCUUGGGUCAUAUAUAGCAAGCACCCAUGUGAAGAAAUAGCUUGAAAUUUCACAAAAUCAUUUUACAACAAUUGCAACUUUGUGGGGGCUGCAAUGGGACUUGAGUGUGCUGUGUUGCCUCUGACUCUCUUAAACAAAAGUUUUGCACCUUCAUUUGAGCCCGACUUUUUAACUGAGUUUUCACCUGACUGUCCUCCAAGGAGCUCAGCGUGCAUGGUUUUCCCCCUCUCCCUUUAUCCACACAGCAACCUCAUAAGUUAAGGUUAGGCCAAUUAAGAGCGACUUGCCCUGUGCACCCAGUUGGCUUCAUGGCUGGCUAAGGACUUGAGCCCUGAUUCCUCAGGUCCUGGUCCACCACUCCAGCCACUAUACCCUAGUGAUGUGCAAACCGCAGAGGAGCCCUCAGUGAAUCACACAAAGAAGCCAUCCACCAUGGCUGGUCACUGUUGUCACAAGGGCAGCGAUAGGUUGCCCGUCUGCCUCUAAAAGAGGCGCUUAGGUUUUUUUCUCAGCUAGAAUCUGUUUUGCUGGUUAAGCAGAUUUGUGAAACAGAUCGUGAACACCACAUUCAAGGAGCAUUAAAGAGAUGCACUGCUCAAUUCCUCAGCACUUGACAGCCCAAAACUCGAUGCUGCACACAGAGCAAGGGGUUCUGUAUAAAUGGAACCCCAUUCAUCCUUACAACAUCCUUAUGAGGUAGGACAGGCUCAAGCUCAGUCAUUCACUGAGACUUGCUGCUGGGAAAGGAAUCAACCCCAAGCCUUUCUCAUCCAGCCCUUGGUCCACUGCACCAAGCACAGGUGGUGAGCUUCAUGAUGAGCUGAGUUUUGAUGUCAGAUGUCCCCAAUCCUAGCCCUACACUCUACCCCAGGAGUGUUGAACCCAAGGGCUGAACUCCAUUUCAAAGAAGCUCUUGGGACCCACAGAGCAAAAGGAAAAGGUGGCAGAGCCAAAAUACUAGCAUGGUUUAGUGUAAAGCUCUUACUUGUAGGCACUAAGCCUUAGAAGAGGCAUUUCAAACUCAGAAUGGGAGAGGAAACAGCAGAAGGUAGAAUCCACUGAACAGGAGGUUACGCCCCAGAGUGUUAAGUAGAACUUCAAAUUGGCAGUGUUUUUUUUUCCUGUAUGGGGCCUCUCAACACACCUCGGUAUAGCAAGUAUUUGGGUUGCCUGAGGAAGGCCCACCUCACUGUCUGAGACAAUGAUUCCUAUGCAAUGUUAUUGUUAAUUUGGAAUCUGUGCGGUAUUAAGGAAGCAUAGAGCACAGUGGAGAGUAGGAAACAUAGCUCCGACUUCUGAGAGAAAGUGUUAUGCAGAGGCCAACGCUGAUGCUCAGAGCAGGUCAAUGAACUAGUAAAGCUUCCAGGAAUAGGCAGUAUGUAGCCUGUAGCCAUCACUUGGCCUAACUGAGCCUUUUUUCUGGUCCCAGCAGCCAAGAGAGCUUGGCUCCUCCAAUCUCCUGGAGACAACUAGAAAAAGGCAUAGAGCUUGGAAAAAGAGCAGAGUGAUAUGCAGCCUCAACUUCUAAGCCAUAUUUGAAUGCCAGGAUUAUGUCAGGAUUAUUGCCUGGCUUUGCUUGUGCCCAAAAAAGUCCCACCAAGAUGAAGGAUAUUGCUUGUUGCUUGUUCUUGAACUACGGAGUUUCUUUGUACAAUUGUUGCAAGCUAUUUAGGCAUUAAAAUGCAUUCAGCUCUGCCCCAUGGCAACUUACUCAUUUUUCCCUUAGGCUCAUUCAUUGAAUGUGGUCUUUCCCCAUAGGUUGUUCAAUAUUCUAAGUCAUGGUUUUAAACCAAGUUUGGAAUUUAGCUCUGGACUAAAUUCAGUGAGAUCCAAUGUGGCAGGAUUUGUUUGGAGCUAAACAUGCUGUAAGCCACUUGAUCUUUUUAUAUAAGGAGUGGAGAUUCCUCAUAUAAUCUUCUUUCACAUAGGAAAUCCAUGAAAUAGAAGGGUGGUGUAUUAUAUUUCAUAGCUAAUCCCAGGCUGGGGGAAGCCAAGAUCUCUGAAUUUUGAAUGUCCAGAACUCUCACAUCUCCAGUGAAGGUGCAUGUUGGUGUAUUUCUGACAAGCUAUUACCAUCCAUUCAGCUAAAACCAGAAAAAAAAUCCAAUUUAAUAAUAUUGACCUUAGGUGAAGUUUUGCAGGGCAGCUUUGAUUUGAGCUUUCAAGAAAAGAUGAUGUGUCAUAAAAGCAUGGAGGUAAUCAAAUGCGUUUAGUACAUUGAAUUUUAGUUGGUACAAAACAAUAGCACCAAAAAAACAAUAGCAGCUAAGGUUUGGUUGCCAAACAGCAUCCUUAAUUUGUGUACAACAUAGGAAAGUGAUAGAGUUUACCCUCUAAAAAUCCUAAACCCUUGUACAAAUAUUUGUUUCCGUAAGUAAAACAAAUCAUGGACAAAGGUUUGCUUGGAUGGCAUUUCUUUCUCAAAUGUUUUUUUCCCUUAAGUUGUUUAUAAAAGUAAUUCACCCAUCAAUGAAUAUGGUACUGUAUGGAUAAGUACAGAAAUAUAUACUUUGUUCUGAAUAUAGGAAACUUUUUAUAGCAAAACUUUGUAAUACCAAAAGCAUACUGAAUAUUGCAGGCUUGUGAAGUUUCUUGAGUUUUUUUGCCACUGUCUGCAAAAAAUGUUUCCCUAAUUUACUUGUUGCACUUAUUUGAAUAAGGUUGUGAUGUGUUAUAUACAAACUGCUCUCAAUAACUUCCUGAAGGAAACCAGUGAAAAAAUAAUAUUAAAAAUCUAAUGUGAGUAGCUUUGUUCUGCUUAGCAUGGGGGCUAUUGUUGCUAGACUGCAGUUUCCUUUGCACUAAUAAACAGUGAGAAUGCUUUGCUGUACUGCAAAAUCCUUCUGAUUCCCCCUCCCCUCCUCUUCAGCAUCCAUUUGCACAUCCCAUUGAAGCCUUCACAAUGUAAGCAAAUGCUUUUCAGGGGAAACCAUGUAAACAUUUCCUGUGGGCUAAUCUAAACAUUUCCUGUAUACCAAUGCUGUGGCUGUACAGUUUUAAAAACGUGAAUAAAGUGAAGUAGAGUUAUUA